AUGCCUGUCGUCACGCCUGAAAAGCUUGCAGGGCUGCAACGGCAGUCGGAAGAUAUUCGCAAUAUAUGCAUUUUAGCCCAUGUUGACCAUGGCAAAACCUCCCUCACAGACGCCCUCUUGGCGACAAACGGCAUUAUCUCACCAAAGCUUGCCGGCAAAAUUAGAUACUUGGAUUCCAGACCCGAUGAGCAGUCCAGAGGCAUUACCAUGGAGUCAUCUGCCAUUUCCUUAUACUUUUCUAUGCUCCGGAGAUCAGCGCCAGAUGCUACACCAGAGCCUAAGGAAUACCUCAUCAACCUCAUCGACUCUCCUGGCCAUAUCGAUUUCAGCAGUGAAGUCUCCACAGCAUCGCGGCUUUGCGACGGCGCCGUCAUCCUCGUUGAUGCGGUAGAAGGAGUUUGCAGUCAAACAGUAACUGUUCUCCGCCAAGCAUGGACCGAAAAGCUGAAGCCGCUGCUUGUCAUUAACAAAAUGGACCGCCUAGUUACCGAGCUCAAGAUGACGCCAAACGAGGCUUUCGUCCACCUCAGCAAACUUCUAGAGCAGGUCAAUGCGGUUCUAGGUAGCUUCUUCCAGGGAGAGCGAAUGGAGGAGGAUCUCAACUGGAGAGAAAGGAUGGAGGAGCGCGUCAAUGCUGCUGCCGCCGCCAAAGCCUCCAGCAAUGAAGACAACACUGACUCUGUCGAUUUGGAGUUUGAAGAGAGGGACGAUGAGGACAUUUACUUCGCUCCGGAAAAGAACAACGUCAUUUUCAGCACAGCUACGGACGGCUGGGCGUUUACGUGUCGCCAAUUUGCCAGUCUCUACGAGAAGAAGCUGGGCAUCAGGCGCGGCAUUCUCGAAAAGGUGCUCUGGGGAAACUUUUAUCUAGACCCCAAGACGAAAAAGGUUUUGGGACCAAAGCAUCUCAAGGGCCGCAACCUCAAGCCCAUGUUUGUACAACUAGUCCUUGAACCUGUCUGGACAGUGUACCAGGCCACAACCGGCGGGGACAACGGUAAAGGCGACCCAGCGUUGUUGGAAAAGGUCACCAAAUCUCUCAACAUCUCCAUCUCACCACACAUUCUCAGAGCUCGCGACCCUCGAUUGCUUCUUACGACCGUUUUUGCCUCUUGGCUACCGCUGUCUACGGCACUUUUGGUUUCAGUCAUUGAGUCGCUGCCAUCGCCGCCGGCUGCACAGCGAGAGCGUAUUCCUGGGGUCUUGAACAGCUCACCGGGCGCUGCAAGCAUUGAUCCCCAGAUUCGCGACGCUAUGACAACAUUCAAGCACGAAAAGGCCGAUCCAGUAGUGGCCUAUGUCAGCAAGAUGGUUUCCAUUCCCCAGAGCGAGCUUCCUGAGAACAAGCGCAAAACUGGCCAGAUGAGUGGCGAGGAGGCGCGAGACUUGGCGAGGAAGAAGCGGGCCGAAGCUGCGCGAGCCCAGGCGGCCCUAGAAGCAAAUGGAAAUGGGGUUGGUUCUCUAACACAGGCUCUCGGGGAAGUCAACCUCGAUGAUUAUGCUCCUGAUGCUGAGGAGAAGGAGGUUGACCCUGAGCGCCUGAUUGGAUUCGCCAGAAUCUACUCUGGCACUAUCUCCGUCGGCGACAAGUUAUAUGUUGUCCCGCCGAAAUGGUCUCCCGCAGAGCCCAACGUCGAGCCCAGGCCGCAGGAAACUGAAGUAAAGGCCUUGUACAUGCUGAUGGGCAGAAGCUUGGAGGCCCUUACAUCCGUUCCCGCCGGCGUUGUCUUUGGCAUUGCCGGUCUUGAAGGCAAGAUUCUCAAGUCCGGGACUCUUUGCAGCAAGUUUGACGGCGCCGUCAACCUUGCUGGUGUCAGCAUGGCUGGCCAGCCCAUUGUGCGUGUGGCACUCGAGCCUGUCAAUCCCGCCGAUCUGGACAAGAUGAUCGAGGGUCUUCGGCUGCUCGUUCAGAGCGAUCCGUGCGCCGAGUACGAACAGUUUGACAGCGGAGAGCACGUCCUUCUCACCGCUGGCGAGCUCCACCUCGAGCGUUGCUUGACAGAUCUGAAAGAGCGCUUUGCGCGCUGCGAUAUUCAAGCAGGUGCCCCGAUUGUGCCUUAUCGCGAGACUAUUGUUCGUGCGGAGGAGAUGAAGCCGCCUGUGAACAAGGAGCUUGGUCGCGGCGUUGUCGUCACCGACACCAGCUCCAAGCAGGUCACACUAUCCAUUCGUGUGCGCCCUCUACCCGAAAACGUUACUGAUUUCCUCAACAAGAAUGGUGACUCGAUCAAGAAGGCGUACAAUGAGCGUUGUCAGCUAAAUACAGCAGAUGAUGCCGACAGUACUGGGGAAUCAAUUGCCGUGGACCCGACUGUCACGGCCCGCUCAUUACUAUCUGCAGAUGAACUCAAGAAAGAGCUCCAAAAGCAGCUGGAAACAGGCAAGGGUCGUGACGUCUGGAAAAAUGUCGUCGAUCGCAUUGCUGGGUUUGGGCCGCGACGAACUGGCCCCAAUCUACUUAUUGAUGCUACAAAAGACAGCAUCUUACCUCGCGUUUUUGCGGGGGCUGACUCCAAAGACGUGUAUCCAACUGCUGGAGAGGCUCUGCAGCCCAGCCACUUGGCCGACAAGAUUACUUACGCUUACCAGCUCUUCCUCUCACAGGGACCGCUCUGCAACGAGCCUAUCCAGGGUGUUGCCGUGUUUGUGGAAGAUGUCACCCUGAAUCUGGCCGAGGACGACACAUCUGCACGAGACAAACUGGGCCGACUUACGGGCGAAGUGAUCAAAGCCUUCCAGUCCGCGGUGCGCGUCGGGUUCCUAGACUGGUCUCCCCGACUCAUGCUGGCUAUGUACAGCGUGGAGAUCCAGGCCUCGACAGAAGUGCUGGGUCGGGUCUACGACGUGCUCACGCGGCGACGCGGGCGCGUGGUCAGCGAGACGAUGAAGGAGGGCACGCCGUUCUUCACGAUCCAGGCGCUGCUGCCGGUGGCGGAGAGCUUCGGGUUUGCCGACGAGAUGCGCAAGCGGACGAGCGGGGCGGCGCAGCCGCAGCUCAUCUUCGCGGGCUUCGAGGUCCUGGACGAGGACCCGUUCUGGGUACCCUUCACUGAGGACGACCUGGAGGACCUGGGCGAGCUCGCGGACAAGGAGAACGUGGCGAAGCGGUACAUGGACGCGGUGCGUCGCAAGAAGGGCCUGCUGGUGGAGGGGCGCAACGUGGCGACGGACGCGGAGAAGCAGAAGACGCUGAAGAGAUGA